CCCUGUCUGCUCAAGCCAGCAUCUCUCCCCUUCCAGCGUCCCACAGGCUCCCACCUCGCUCUCCCCUCGUCCGAUCCAAGAACCCACGUUCGGGAGCCUCCGUACCUGCAACUCCAAACCAGACCAGUGGUCCAGGUUGGGGGAUUGCCGAGCCCGAGUCCCCGGACCAAAGCAGCUUGGAUCGGAGCCCUGGCUACUCUGUUACUGGUAUUAGGGAAAGCAAGAGUGCCUCUAAAAUCAAGGAGAGCGCGGGAGGAGGAGAGGUGGAGAGCGAGAGGGUAGUGAUAAUGGGGGAGAGAGAAGGGAGUAUGGAGAGAAAGGGUCUGGAAAUGCAGGGGCAUUUGCAGCACCAGCACCAUCAGCAGCAGCAGCAGCAGCAGCAGCAGGGGCAGGUUGCAAAAGCAGGGAAGUCAAGAGUUGUCCAGCGUAAAUCCAACAGCUAUCACGGUGUAGAGGGGGUUACCACUCGGGUGGUAACAGCCAACAGUGCUGCUGCUGCUGGAGUGGCGUUUCAUCCAUCCUUUGCUGCCAAACCUCCUGCUCUCAAGCCUGCUGCUGGUGCGCCUCUGGCCAUGCGGAGGGCAGAGACGAUGAGAGGCCGUUCCAGAUCACUUGUGGGCGACCACAGUUCUGCUUGGACUGAGUUGCCGCAGCAGCCUCUUGGUGGUGGUGGUGGUGCUGCUGCUGGUUCUGCUGCUGGUGGUUCGCCUAUAGUCAUGCGGCGGGCAGAGACGCUGAGAGCACGGUCCCGAUCACUAGUGGAGGACUGCUGCUCGGGCCCUUUCGCUAGUACUAAUGCUGCUGCUGUUGCUGCCGCCGCUGCUGCUGCGUCAACUGCCACUUCUGCUGAGAGUCGCUUUCCUGUGUUGACGCAAAGUGCAGAGACGCUGCGAGCACGCUCCAGGUCACUUGUUGAAGAAAGCAGUUCCGGACCCUUUGAGUCACAGCAGCGCGCGGAGGCGUUGGCGUCAGGGCAGGGCCAGGCUAUCUCUAUGAGACGAGCCGAGACGCUUAGAGGACGACCGAGGAAGAAUAAUGCGGAUCAGCUGCAGGAACCGAUCACCAUGAGACGAGCGGAGACGCUUAGGGGACGGCCGAGGAAGAAUAAUGCGGAUCAGCUGCAGGAACCGAUCACCAUGAGACGAGCGGAGACGCUUAGGGGACGGCCGAGGUCUGAUUCAGCGGAUUUCUCGACUCAGAACGAGGCGAGUGGCGUCAUGAAGCAGGUGGGAACACUGAGAGGGCGAUCUAGGUCGGACCAAGCAGAGUCUGUGCGUGUCGUGGAAGAGCCGACACAUGCCGAGCAGCAGCAGCAGCAGCAGCAGCAGCUCAUUGGCAUGAGGCGGGUAGAGACGCUGAGAGCACGGUCUAGGUCGGACCAAGCAGAUCCUAUGGCUUUUCUGGGGCAGCCGGGACAUCAGGAGCAACAACCUGUUGGUAUGAGGCGGGCAGAAACACUUAGAGGCCGGUCUAAAUCAUAUGCGGAAAAGCCUUUACUUCAGGAGCAGCUGUAUGGCAUGAGGCGCGUGGAAACGCUUAGGGGAAGAGCUCAAUCUGAUGCUCAAUCCGGUGCGUCUCCUUCCGGUGCGGACGUGGCUGUUGCUGCAGAAGGUUCGGGCUUGGGGAUGAGACGAGCGGAAACGCUUAGGGGAAGAGCACAAUCUGAUGUUGGCGCUGCAGGGUUACAGGAGCGGUGCUUUGCUAAGCAACAGGAGGGAACGAGCAGAGGGAGGCGUUGCUCUAGUGUGUCUCCUUCGGGUGCGGAUGUCCUUGCAACGCAAGAGCCGGUUUUGGGAAUGAGACGAGCGGAAACGCUUAGAGGAAGGCCCAAAUCCAGUGCAGUAGAGCUUACGGCUCAGGAGGAGCAGCAGGGGUCGGGGAUGAGACAAGCGGAAACACUUAGAGGAGGAAGGGCCAAAUCCAGUGUAGCGGAUCCUUCAGUACAGGAGCAGCAGCAGGGGUUGGGGAUGAGACGAGUGGAAACACUUAGAGGGAGGCCCCGAGCCACCCUUGGGAAGUCUACAGUGGAUCCUUCGGGGCAGCAGGGAGUGGAGAUGAGUCGCGCCGAGACGCUUAGGGGGAGGCCCCUACCCUCCCAAGGGGAUGCUAUAGUGGAUCCGUUGGAGCAGCAGGGAGUGGGGAUGAGACGCGCCGAGACGCUUAGGGGGAGACCCCUACCCUCCCAAGGGGAUGCUACAGUGGAUCCUUCAGAGCAGCAGGGAGUGGGGAUGAGACGAGUGGAGACGCUUAGAGGGAGGCACAAACCUAGCAUAGGUGAUUCGUCAAAUCAUGCCGGGAUGACAGGAGGGAAGAGUGGGGGGAUGCGAGCAGAGGAGUGUGGGGAGAUAAGCACAGGAGAGAGUGUGGAAAUGAGGCGAGCUGAGACGCUGAGGGGCAAGAGUGGGAUGAGAGGAGAGAGGGGGAUGGGAGGAAUGAGAGCGAGGUUGAGAAGUGGGUUUGAGCUGGAUAAAAUGGGCGAGGUGCGGGGGAUGCCUGGAGUGAGUGAGGAGCACGGAGCGGUGAUAAAGCAAGGAGAAAUAGUAUUUGAGCUAGCUAGAAUGGGUGAGAGGAAUACAUUUGAUCAAUUGGGCGAGGGGCAGGUGACGGAUGGAGUGAGGAAGCAGCAGGGCGAGGGGAUAGGUCGUAGAGAGGGUGUGGGGAUGAGGCAUGGAGAGACGGACGAAGGAACGGCCUGUGUGAGGGGUGUGAGAGUGAGGGGGGGGAGUGGGUCUGAGCUGAGUGAAACGGUCGAAGGGGGUGUGGAGGGGUUGGGUGGGGAGAGAGUAGUGGUGAUGAGACGAGGAGAGAGGUGGGGAGGAGGGGCUGACACGGGGCACAGAGAGGUGAUGGUGAAAGGGGGGGAUCGGAUGGGAGGAAUGGGGGGAUGGGGGGGCUCGGGGGAAUGAGAGGGAGGGUCAGGAGUGGCUCUGAGCUGAAUGAGAUGCUGAGGGUGCUUGUGGGGGACGGAGUGGGCGAAGGGCAUGGGUUGGAGAUGAGGCGAGUAGAAACGAUGCGAGGGCGGGUCGAGCAAGGGGAGGCACGACGACAACAGCAGCAGCAGGGGCAGCAGCAGCAGCAGGGGUUGCAUUGGCAACAGGGGCAGCAGCAGCAGCAGCAGCAGCAGCGGCAGCAGCAGGGGCAGCAGCAGGGGCAGCAGGUGCAAGUGCAG